AUGUCUUACCGUGUUGAAGUUGCCUCAAGUGGACGCGCUGGAUGUCAAUCGACUGAUUGCAAGAAGGCUGGUACAAAAAUUGCUAAAGAUGAGUUACGAAUGGGCACCUGGGUAGAUAUUCCUGACCGCGGAGGAUCAUGGCGGUGGAGGCACUGGGGUUGCGUCACUGGAAAGGUUUUAUUAAACAUUCGUGAAGCCCUUGAUCCAACUGGAUCUGGUAAUUAUGAAUGGGAUUUACUUGAUGGUUAUCAGGGAUCAGAAAAGAAUAGUCUUAAUCACUUUCCGGAUCUCCAAGCUAAAGUACGAAGGGUUAUUUCUCAGGGCUUCAUCGACUACGAGGAUUUCAAUGGUGACCCUGAAAUGAAUCGGCUUGGAAGCACCGGCCUGCGGGCUCCAGCGACCAAGAAAAAAGCCGCUAAAAAUAAAAAGGACAUGAGUCCUGAUAUUACAGCGCUUAAGGAACAGAUAAAUUCUUUGGCAGCUGAGCGCGAAAAGCUUCUCUCUAAAGGACUUUCCCCCUCAAAAAUAGACAUUCAGCUUCAGAUUGUACAUGAAGCAAUCUCAUCCUCGGAUAUGAACGAAUCACUGCAAAAAAAGUCAAAAACUGCAAUCAAACCACCGACAAAGAAGCGGGGCCGCAAGAAAAAAGAUGAAGAUGAAGAUGAGGAUGAAGGCUUAGAUGUAGAGGAAAAUAUCGAAGUUCCAGUGAAAAAAAAGCGGGUUUCGGCGAAAGACAAAAAAAUAUUAGCUGAACAAAAGGUCGAGGAAGCCAAACCACUUGGUAAGAAGUCAAUUAAGCAAGAAGACGAUGAUACGGAAGAAUUGGUCCAUACAACAAAUCAAGAAAUAAAACCUGCGCAAGUUAAGAAAGCACGCACUAAAAGAGCUAUCAAGAAGGAAGUAGGGCCAGAUAACUUGAAUGAAAAACCAGAGAAUUUUGCAACGACUCGAAAUGACCGUGCAAAAAGAGUUAUCAAGAAGGAAGAGGACGAAGAUAUGAUCCAGACUCCCGAGGGAAAUGAUUUAACUACAGGUGGCAAAUUAUCUACCGGAAGAACCGAUGAUAGUGAUUGUGACGAUAAAGUUAGCAAGCCUACAGUUCUCAAGCGAAAAACUACAGCAAGAAAAACGAAGAAGUAA